CUCGUUGCGUAACACUCGGUCCUCACAGCGGCGGGAAGCCGCAGCGGUCAGACCGGGGUUCAGAACAGGCUGCACGGACUAAACUUUCUCCCGACACCAGCUCGUUCCGGACCGGUUCGACCAUGAGGUGGAGCGUCAGGCUCUCAGGAUCCAGGCUCUGAUUGGUCGGCUGGCUGUUAUCAUGCAGCUGGCCAAUGAGAAGCUGCCAGCUCAGCUGAGGCGGAGCUCCAGACUCAGGAAGAUGGCCGCCAUCCUGAUCACCGCCUACGCUGUCAAAAAGCUGUCUCCGUACGUGUGGAGGAGGCUACAGAGAGGGGCAGCAGGUGAUCAGGAAGGCGGGACUAAAACACCUGUGGGCGUGGUCAGCACUGUGGAGGGCAGUGAAGAUGAGAAGAAGAAGAGGAAAGUGGACAGGUCUCCAUCAGUCAACAGAGACUUCGUCCUCAGACUGUCUCACCUGCUGAAGCUCCUGUUUCCACGGUUACUGUGCCCAGAGUUUGGCCUGCUCGCUCUGCACUCCGUCACCCUGAUGUCCCGCACCUUCCUGUCCAUCUACGUGGCUUCUCUAGACGGUAUGAUCGUCAGGUGCAUCGUGCAGAAAGAUCCGCGCGCCUUCGUGCUGCAGCUGUCCAAGUGGCUCCUCGUCGCAGUUCCUGCGACGUUCAUCAACAGUGCCAUCAGAUUCCUGGAGGGUCAGCUGACCCUGAGCUUCAGGAGCCGAUUGGUCAGCCACGCCUAUCAGCUGUACUUUACCAACCAGACGUAUUACCGCAUCAGCAACAUGGACGGCCGUCUGUCCAACCCUGACCAGUCUCUGACCGAGGACAUCGUCAUGUUCUCUGCCUCCGUCGCUCACCUGUACUCCAACCUGACCAAGCCCAUCCUGGACGUGGUGGUCACCUGCUACACGCUGCUGCGCACCGCCCAGUCCAAAGGGGCCAACACCACAUGGCCCUCCGCCAUCGCCGGCCUGGUGGUGGCGCUCACCGCCAAGGUGCUGCGCUCCUGUUCGCCGCACUUUGGGAAGCUGGUGGCCGAGGAGGCGAAGAGGAAGGGAGACCUGCGCUACAUGCACUCGCGCAUCAUCGCCAACUCCGAGGAGAUCGCCUUUUACGCCGGACACAAGGUGGAGCUGUCCCAGCUGCAGCGGAGCUACGCCUCCCUGUCGUCUCAGAUCCAUCAGAUUCUGCUGAAGCGGCUCUGGUACGUCAUGCUGGAGCAGUUCCUCAUGAAGUACGUCUGGAGCGCAUCCGGCCUCGUCAUGGUGGCCGUGCCCAUCAUCACCGCCACAGGAUACUCCAAAAAUGACUCUGAGGAGGUGAAGCGGGCGGCCAUGGUGAUGAAGGAGGAGGAUUUGGUCAGCGAGCGAACGCAGGCCUUCACCACGGCCAGAAACCUCCUGAACGCCGCCGCCGACGCCGUGGAGAGGAUCAUGAGCUCCUACAAGGAGGUGACGGAGCUGGCCGGCUACACGUCCCGCGUCUGGGAGAUGUUUGUCGUGUUUGAGGACGUGAGCCGAGGAAUCUACCGCCGCUCCGCCGACCCGGAGGAACCGGCAACCCGCCGAGGAGCGGCGGUCCUGCAGGGCCAGAGGAUCAGCGGCCCGCUGCAGAUCAGAGGUCAGGUGGUCAGCGUGGAGAAUGGGAUUCGCUGUGAGAACCUGCCCAUCAUUACGCCCACUGGAGACGUUGUGGUAUCCAGCCUCAACAUCCAGGUGGAAGACGGGAUGAAUGUUCUGAUCACGGGUCCAAACGGCUGCGGGAAGAGUUCGCUGUUCAGGAUCCUCAGUGGGCUCUGGCCCGUUUACGGUGGAGCUCUGUACCGACCAGAACCGCACAACAUGUUCUACAUCCCCCAGAGGCCUUACAUGUCGGAGGGAACCCUCAGAGACCAGGUCAUCUAUCCGGACUCGGUGGACGACUUGGUCCAGAAGGGACUGACGGACUCGGACCUGGAGGAGAUCCUCCGUACCGUUCACCUGCUGUACAUCCUGGACAGGGAGAGCGGCUGGGAAUCCGUCAGCGACUGGAAAGACGUUCUCUCUGGCGGCGAGAAGCAGAGGAUGGGGAUGGCCCGCAUGUUCUACCACCGGCCGCGGUACGCCCUCCUGGAUGAAUGCACCAGCGCCGUCAGCAUCGACGUGGAGGGAAAGAUCUUCCAGGCUGCAAAGGAUGCUGGGAUAGCGCUGCUGUCCAUCACCCACCGACCCUCCCUCUGGAAGUACCACUCCCACCUGCUGCAGUUCGACGGAGAGGGAGGCUGGAAGUUCGAGCCGCUGGACGCCUCCGCCCGCCUGUCCAUGCAGGAGGAGAAGCAGCGCCUGGAGAACCAGCUGUCCGGGAUUCCCAGGAUGCAGCAGCGACUGUCUGAGCUGCGGCUGCUGCUGGGGGAGCCGGAGGGCGAGGAGACGGCGGAGAGCCAGGACGCAGCGGCGCCGCUCUGCUAGAGGGAGCGCGCACCUGACCGCGCACCUGAGCAUCCACAUAAUUUAAACUUUUAACCAGUUCCUGUUUGCUGUCUGAGGCUCCGCCCCUUCCUGUCCGUUGCUCCUGGUCAGAGGUCACCUGCCCCUGACAGCAGACACACCUGUGGCGUGUGGAAUCUGGUUGUGGUCCCACAUUUCAAAGCUUUUAGUAACUGAUUAAGUUAUUGAUUAUUAGAACAUGAUGAUGUCAUCCAUGAUGCUGCAGUCGCUGAGCCUCACCUGUCAGGUUGCGGAGCUUCACCUGCAAACGACCCGGUUAAACCAGAACCAGUACGCUGAUGGGUCAGCGGUCAGAACCAAUCUGCUUCAGUUCAGUUGCAGAUGACUCCGCCCCCUCUCAGGUGAGCUCCAAUCAGACAGGAAGCUGCUGGUCACAGCGUGCACGUGUCCUGUACCUGGCCGAAGCGGUGGAUCUGACGCAGCCGACUGAUGGCCGCCGUCAGGUCACAUGACCUGGGUCAGAGGUCAUGUGACAGCUGUAGAGUGUAAUGAGCCUUUUUGACUGUAACUGUAUGAACCAAUCAGAGCUGAGCUGCUCAGCGACCAAUCAAAGUGGCAAACAUGAUGAUGAAGAGGCCUUAUUUUACAGGAAAUAAAAUGUUUUCUUCUGA